AUGUCACUCUCAAUUGAAACUCUCUCAUUUCAUGAGGACGUCGUCUUUCCUUUAUCUUUUGUCCACAGCAAUCUGGAACGCCCAGUACUGCAAGACUCUGCCACGCCAAGGACAGAAGAAUUAUCGUCCAUUAUAAACUCUCCACUCAAUACUGAUGCAAUUCCCGACGUGGAUGCGGAAAUCAUUUCAAAUAAUAACUACACAUACACUAGUACGACGACCUCUCAAAGUAGCUACGCACCAUCAUCGUCCGAAUCAUUCACAGAAUUAUACUACGCUAACGUAGCACAACAAAACUACAGACUCUGGCUUUCAAAAUUCUAA